AUGGCGGCCGCCGAGAGCGCUUCAGAUUCUUCAAGUAUCGGUGUGGACUCUUACGAAACUGCCCUUUGCAUUAUACCCCCGGCAGAUCUCUGCCACGACGUGGACCGCCUUCGUUCAGUAUACGACAAGCAUCAUGGGAGAUGGCCUCCCCAUAUCAACGUCGUCUAUCCCUUCGUUGCCGUCGAAGAUCUUCCCCAUGUCGCUCCUUUAAUUCGGUCUACCUUGGCCGAGGGGCAGGCAGCAGGCGAGCUUCAAGAAAUCCGCCUCAACCUUGGGCACGCGGAUGUCUUCUCUCAGCCACACAGCAACACUAUAUUCAUUGCUGAUGGUGAUGACGCUCACAACCAAUCCUUAUCUGCAACUCGAGGCUUGGUAAUGGCUGCUCUAGGACAGAAGAAUAACCCUCCCCAUUACCAUCUUACUGUUGGCCGGAGUGAAACCCGAGAUACUGCUUCUCGAGAAUUCUUACUUGAAAAGGCCAAACUACUCCCUCCGAUCGAUUGGACAGUACAAGAACUAGCUAUACUUGUUCGGGAGCGGACCUAUAGAGAUGGCAUUGUAUCAAAUCGAAUGAGGAUCUGGGGUACCAUUCCGUUAAAUUCCAGCCACACUCUUCUCGAGAGAGAGGAACUAUCAGACGAAGAAGAAAUUCAGGCCGAAACGGUAGAGAGCACCAUCGCAACUAAGACAGUUCAGCCAGGAUCUACAUACCGCUUUUCUUCGGAGAGUAAUUCAUGGACUCGUUACGAAUCAUCCGUCUCACCAGAAAGCCAAGAGGACAUGCCAACGUCCAUACGAAUCUCGAGCUACAACGUGCUGGUCGAUUCGAUGCAUCCACCUCCACGGGAAAGAUACCCGCUCUUGGUCGAGACUCUGCUCUCCGCCUCCGCCCAGGCUGACAUCUUGGUGCUGCAAGAAGUUACGGAUGACUUCUUGUCUUACCUUUUAAAAAUUGAAGAGAUCCGAGAAUGCUACCCUUUCACAACCCACGGACCGGCUCAGCAAGCCGACAUUGGUCCAAUGUCAAGCCUUCGAAAUAUCGUCGUUCUAAGCCGCUGGGCCUUUGGUUGGGAAUAUGUUCCAUUUCAGCGGCGGCACAAAGGAGCGGUUGUCUUGAAAUUCGAUCACGUUGGGCUCACAAAAGAUUCCAGCUUCCAUCCUCUGGUCGUUGCCGGCGUCCACCUUACUUGCGGACUCACCGACGGAUCUGUUGCGGCGAAGCGGUCACAGGCCCAAACUACCGUGAGCCACCUUUCCCACAAUUAUAGAGAUAGCCCAUGCAUCAUUGCUGGUGAUUUCAACAUCUCUACUUCUACAUGCACGAUCAACGAAGCCUCUAAGAACCACAAGAUAUCUCCUAAUACCGAGACCGAAAUUCGUUCUCUGGAGACCAUGUUUUCUGAGGCCGAGUUUUCGGAUGCAUGGACCGUUGCACGCGUUGAGCUCGGACAAGCUACGGAUAGAUAUGCAAGCAAGGAGGCUCAUGCUGUUUUUGAAGGCGAGGAGGGAGCUACGUUUGAUCCAACAGAAAACCCUCUUGCUGCAGAAACCUCUGGGAGCCCAAACAACCGGCCGCAACGAUAUGACAGGGUUCUUCUUAAAGGUCAAGAGUCCUGGAACGUGUCCUCCUUUAACAUGUUUGGUCAGCCUGAUGACGAUGACGAGGUGGAGAUCUGUGCCAGUGAUCACUGGGGUGUUCGUGCCACAUUCACGGCGUCCACGAGUAUUGGCAAUCCAAAACCGACGUUGAACCUUCAUGACCUAGGCCCAGUAUCAGUAUCGAGGACCUCAUCUGCUAUUCUCGACAAUGAAGCACUUCACGCUUGUCUCCAAUCCUCGAACAUGAUUCCUACGGAACGCCAAAUCUAUCAGCGAAAGGAAGCAUUCGCGUUGCUAGAGACUAUCCUGAAUACCCGUUCAGACCUUCCAUUCGUCCUCGUUCCCGUUGGUUCCUACGGCCUUGGAGUAUGGACUACAUCCUCCGACAUUGAUUGCAUGUUUCUUGGGCAGAUUAGUUCGAAGACGUUUUUCGCUCUCGCUCGCCAGAGGAUUCGGAAAGCAUCGGGCCUAGGAGUUCGACUCCUGAGGAAAGUCGAUGCGAAGACUGGCACUAUGCUAGAAAUUGAUGUCAGAGGUAUCCGAAUGGACAUACAGUACUGCCCUGCUGCGAGAAUUGUCGAAAACUGGCCAGAGUCGAUUCGGCGACCUUCGUCCGAUCCUAUCUUCAGCCUAGCUAUGCAGUCACUUCGAAAGCUUAAGGCGUUCCGAGACCAAGACUAUCUCCAGCGCACGAUUCCCGACCUUGCUGCAUUCCGAACCGCUUACAGAAGCAUUAAGCUCUGGGCUCAGCAACGAGGUAUCUAUUCCGCCAAGUUUGGUUACCUCGGGGGUAUCCAUAUCACCCUGAUGCUAUCUCGAGUCUGCAAACUCGUCUCCGUCCUCCGUGGCACAGCUGGGAUUACUGCUGCAGAUAUCGUCAGCAUUUUCUUCCACCACUAUGCUGAAUUCAACUGGAAGUCCGACAUGGUGUUUGACCCGUUCUUCGACAAGCAAGCUCCAAGAUAUUCACGACUUACCAGAGAACCCAUGGUUGUCCUUGGAUUCCACACUCCUAACUUCAACACUGCGAAUACAGCAUCCGUACCAUCUGUCAACACGUUGAUCGAAGAGUUUAAACGCGCAGACUCAAUAUUAUGCGAAGAAAAGAUGACCUGGUCCAAAUUUCUAGGAGGCAGCAUCAGAGACAACGUCAAUGCCGUAGAGUCUCGCCCAGGCGCACAGGAUUUCCUCCAGACAUAUCAAAACUAUAUCAAGAUUGGCGUCAAUUACUGGGGUCCGUCUCUGAAGAAAGGUAGCGGGCUGGUGGGCUGGCUCGAGUCCAAGUGCGUGCUACUUCUUGUUGGUAUGUACCAUAUCUAG